UUCAGGUGGUGUGUAAACACAGCAAAGUCAGGAGGAACCAGAUCAGAAGCCGUGUUCCGCUCUAAGACAGGAAGUGGAUGAGAAAUGACUGAGAGCAUCUGGUCCUAUUUCUGAGGACUCAUGAAUUUCUGUUAGGCUUUUUAAAUACUGCCUCGUAGGAAAUAUGUGGCUGUAUGUAACGUGCUUCUGCCACCUGCUUCUCCUGAGGACCCUUUAUGAGGAGGCUGUGGCAGAGUAAAUUGUUUUGAUGGCAGCAGCAGUCUUGUUCCUAGAGGUUGUCAAGAAAACAUGCCAAGAACAGACUAUAUUGGCUGUUCAUUUUGGCAACAGGAGUAUAUUCCAAUUCAUAGCCUCUCCUGGGUCAGCUCUGAAAUGCAUGGGAACUUGAAGUAAAUAAAAAUUCCACUUCAGUGUAUCUGAAUUUUCCAAGAGACUGAAACUAGGGACCUGUUGUCUUGUGUGGCAUAUUGCCUGUGUAAACUUGAGUGCUUCUGGAUUUUAAUCUCCUAGAGGUUCAUUGAGUGCUUCACAGAGCUGUCUGGAGUCAUGUUCCUUCCAACAUAAUUUUUUGUAACACUACAGCACUCGUUCUUCAUGCAAUUGCACAAUUUAAGAGAUUCCUUAUUUAGUGCUUGGAGCAGAACUUGCUCACCAUCAGCCUGAGCAGAGUCUUGAACCACCCCCUAGGUGGGCGAGAUUGCUGGUGGUUGAUUGCAAUACCAUGCUGCACAUCCUCUCUGCACUCCCUUGUUUUCAGAGUAUCUCAUUGGAAACAGACAUGUUGAAGCUCUUGAGUGGUUCCAGGCUCUAGAUGCAGAGGGUACAGAGAGAUCUUCCUGAAUUCACGUGUUAAGUGUGCAAAUUCUAGAAGGGUAUGUUUCCAACAUUUCCUGCUCAGUUAAUGGAUUGUUCAGUCUUCAUUGCAAGAUACAUGGCUGUCCUUUUCUUCAGUGCAGACUUCUGGGUUAUAUUUGGGAGUCAAGUACCUGCAAAUAAGUACAUGAAAAUGGUAAGGUAUGAGCUUUUUAGCAGGGCCUGUUGUAAUAGGACAAGGGGUAAUGGUUUUAAACUAAAAGAGGGUAGAUUGAGGCUCGAUAUAAGGAUGAAAUUUUUUACAAUGAGCGUGGUGAAACACUGGUACAGGUUGCCCAGAGAGGUGAUAGAUGCCCCAUCCCUGCCAAUUCAAGGUUAGGUUGGAUGGGUCUCUGAGCAACCUGAUCUAGUUGAAGAUAUGCCUGCUCAUGGCAGGGGUUUGGACUAGAUGACCUUUAAAGGUACCUUCCAACCCAAACUAUUCUAUGAUUCUAUAGCUGAAUUUUAAAUGUGUAUACACUUUUCUAUUAGACUAAUUCCUAAAUGUGACAAGCCAUUUGUAACAGCAGUCUUGUAGAAGCCUCUUCCAGAAAUGCAGGAUGGAAGCUCAGGGAAAAAAAAUGUGCUCUUGGUCCAGAUGGCAUUAUUCUGCUUGCUGAACUCCACUGAGAAAUGAGACUGAGUCUUGCUGGGAUGGGCUCUUUGAGAUAAGGGGCACUAGUUCAAGCGCAAAUCUUUCCACCUCGUAGUUUGGUCUAAACACUUUGGAAAAAUUCACUGUGUGGAACCAGUGAACUGUUGCUUGCGCUAUGACUAUAUUUAUUUAGUGCAUUGAGAUUGAGGAUGACCGAAUAUCUGACAGCCAUCUGGGUUUGAGUGGGGGCUCAUUCUUUCCCACCAUCUCUUACUAAAGUAUAAAGUUAAAUAUAUACUAAAUACUGCAAGCAGUCUGGAAUUUGAUAUUAAACUUGAACUGAUGAAGGAUGUGGCUUUGGGGAAAUCAGUGUUUUUUCCCAGGAAGUCUCAAGUUUUGAUUUGCAGAAGUGGUAAGUAUUGUAAUGGAUACUUUUCUUCCAAAUGGUCUCAGUGUUCUUCUACAACUUUUUGAUAUUUAGUCAGUGCUUAGGAAGGUUUUGAUUGUUUCUCCUCUUUCCUCCUUGUAGUCCAGGCUCUUUGUUUGGAUAUCAGAUCCCUUAAUUCACUGGAGUCUUACCUGGACAAGGUAGAUGCCAAUUAAAUACGUGGGUUUUGUUUAUACAGCUCUCCUAGUAUUGCUGCUCUGAAAGCACCAGGAAAGACUGAAGAGCAAAUCAGGAGGGUAGAAAACAUUCUAUUUUUAGGACAAGAUUGGCUUAUCUCAUAUUUAUCCUAGCUAGGGAGGGGAUAAUGUUUCCAGAGACCUCACAUGAGUAAAGGCUACAUAAGGGCUGAGUUAAAAUUAACAGCCUGAUGGUCAACAAGCAUGGAGCCCGCACAAGAACCAGAGGAGCUGGGAUCUCAGACAGAAAUGAUCGCAGACGCAGUUCUUGAGGUUGGAGAGAGACUCUUUCAGGUCAGCCGCAGGGUACUUUCAGUACACAGUCGUUAUUUUGAAGCCAUGUUUUUUGGAGGGGCAAGAGAGAGCUCUGAAUACCACAUAGUGAUCAGAGGGAUUGAUGCAGUGCCUUUUCAGGCACUACUUGAGUUCACUUACACAGCCCAAGUGCUUAUAAGUCGAGAAAAUGUGACCAGCUUACUGGAAACAGCUGACUUUUUUCAGUUUGACAGGGUGAAACUGUUGUGUGAGAAAUUUCUGGAGAGAGAGCUGCAUGUUUCCAACUGCCUGGGCUUGAUGAUCUACUCACAGCGAUUUGCCUUUAUAGAGCUGUAUGCAUCUGCUAUGAAUGUGGCUCUCACUCACUGGGGGGAUGUGAUGUACCAGGAAGAAUUUAAAGCACUACCCAAAGAAAUGCUGAUGCAGCUCCUAAAAAGUGAUGACCUCUUUGUUUCGCAAGAAGAUGUGGUUUUUGACAGUAUUAUGAGGUGGAUAAUGGAGGACCCAGCAAUGAGAGAGAAAGACUUUCUGGAUUUGGUGGGCGAAGUCAGGGUCACUUUUCUGACUUUGUCCUUCCUCGAUAUCUUGGUGAAACGCAGCAAGCACCCUGGAGAGACAGAUACCUUUUCCAGACUAAUAAAGAAGUUAGACAGCUGCCCUCCGCUCAGCUGGCAAAAUAUGGAACUGUGUCCUUAUGCUGGUCGGAGCUAUGACACCUUAUACGUCCUGGGAGGAAAGCAUGAAAAGGAACAGCAAGAAUUAUUUCUCUUUCAACCUAAAACAGGGACCUGGCAGGCUUGUUCUCCACUGCAGCGCAGGAACCUCACCCAGUAUGCAGUGGCAGCAGUAGGGAGCUUCCUUUUUGUGACAGGAGGAUAUUUCCGGGAUGAAUUUGUGUGGUAUAGUGUGGAUUGGGUACUUAUUUACAAUUGCUUGGACAAUAGCUGGCUGGAAGGGCCUGCCAUGAAGAAGUCCCGCAAUAGCCACUGUGCAGUAGGAGCAGGGCUUUACCUGUAUGUCCUUGGAGGGAGCACAGAUGAAGGGAUAAUCCCGGCAGUGGAGCGCAUGGCUCUGAUGGAGUCAGAGUGGGAAAGCAUGAGUCCUAUGGCUCACGCCGUGGAGAGAGGAGAUGCAGUCAGUGUGGGAACCAGGAUCUAUGUGGCCUGUGGCCUGGAUGAAAAUGGACAUGUAUAUGAUGGAGUGCAAAGACUGAACACAGAGAUGGACAGCUGGGAUGUCAUCUCAUUCUCCCCACUUCCAAGGUACGACCUCUGCAUCACAUCACUGAAUGGUGCUCUGUACACCAUAGGAGGGGGAGCUUUUCGAUUUGAUGUGGAGACAGAUGAAUGGACCCAGGCUGGAGAGCACCACAGAAGGAGGGAGGCUAUUCUGGAUUUAUGCAUUCGGGAGCCAGUGUUUGUGACAGGACACCACUUCCUAUACACUGGAAGAGUCACACCAGGUCUUGAGCAGGAGUAGAGACAAAGAAGGAUUACCCUCAGACUGUGGUGGGGAUGGCUUUAAGAGGAUCAAGAAAGACAGUCCUAAAACAUUCCCAGUGCCACAGUAGCUCAUGAGAAGUCAGCUGCUGUGGCUGCAAGUAAGCAUCUCAUCACAGAAUGAGAGAGACCUCCAGGUGAGAGACAGUCCCUGCCUAGGAGAGACUGUGAGAAUGUAAAAAUGGCGGGCAGAGGCUGUGUCCCUAGAUUAAUUUAGUUAAUUCAUUAAUAUAGUUAAAACUCUGGGGUAUUUUCGUUUGUUUGUUUUUUUUUUUUUUUUUUUCCUUGGGUUCCUCUGUUCCAAUUGGAUUAAUCUUUGAGCUUACCUGUAGUGUCCUGUCCCUGACUUUCCUCCUCUCAGCAUGGAGGGUCAUCUCUCCAGAAGCUCGAAUAGCACAUAACACCCAUGUU